AUGAGUCAACACAGAACAAGGAAUCGCCGGCAGAAAUUCUUAACGGACGCUAACUUAGAACGAUUCACAACUCAAUGUUACCACCGGCACCCAAACGUACCGACGCAUCAAUUCGGAAUAAAAAAAUUUGAUGUUGGUGACGCUAUCUAUGUCCGCGACUAUCGAGCAGGACAUAAACCUCGGAAUAAAGGUUCCAUCGCGGCACAACGUGGUCGAGUUAUGUACGACGUGAACGUUGGUAAUGAUUUAUGGACCCGUCACUACAAUCAGUUGCGUCCACAAAACUCAAAUAUCCCUACCAGUACACAGUCAUCCCUACCUCUGGAUAUUCUCUUGGAUACUUUUAACUUACCUACGGCUGACAAAACAGAAAAGCAAAAGUGCGCAGCUCAGACAACUCCAGACAAAGCAGAAGCCGCAAACAAGCAGACGAAGCAACAGACGUCGACAACAAACUGA